GGCGGCGAGGGCGGCCGGAGCCCCGCUCGGAGGAAGGGCCAGGCAGCCGGCCGGGCGGGGGUUGCGGGGCAAGCGGAGAGUCUUUGCCGACGGGGACCUGGCGGAUUUCUGCCGGCCGGCCGGCCGCCGCCUUCUGCUCGCCUCCGCGCUCUCGGAGGAUUGCAGCGGCCCAGCCGGGAUGCGCAGAGACUUUUCUCGCAGGUUUUCCCGAGGGUUUUGUUUUUCUGUCCUGAGCCUGCUCACCUGGAAGCAGCUGGGGAAAUUUAGGCUUGGCUGACAGCUUGCAAAAAGGGGUUCAGUUCUCUGACAUUGGCUGAGAUGCAGACCAGGAUGAGAAGAUUCUCGGUGUACAUCUUACCAGCUCUAUUACUUGCAUGCUUGGUCUACUUAAGGAGAGAUGCCAAGCUGGUGGCGUCUUUGGCAAACAGAGAACUGCGCAGGCCAAACGUGAGCGUUCCCAAGCUGGUGAAAUCAAGCAAAUGCUUGCCAGACAUGAUGGUCGCGAAUUCCUUUCCCUCCCUCCCUGAGGUUCACCGUGUUUUCUUAACCUAUAAACACUGCCGGAAUUUCUCGACAUUGCUGAAGCCCUCCAGAUGUGCUGCAGAGACCUUCCUCCUGCUAGCAAUCAAGUCCACCCCUGUGAACAUAGACCGCCGCGCAGCCAUCAGGGGCACCUGGGGGAAGGAGGCCAUUAUUGGUGGGAAAUUGGUGAGGCUCCUGUUCUUGCUUGGCCGCUCAGAGAUCAAAGUUCAGGCUCACUCCCUCCACCAGCUUUUGGCCUAUGAAAACCUGGAGUUUGACGAUAUCCUCCAGUGGGAUUUUGUUGAUAACUUCUUCAACCUGACACUGAAGGAGCUGCAUUUCCUUCGGUGGGUGGCAGAGGACUGCCCCCAUGCCUGCUUUGUGUUGAAGGGCGAUGAUGAUGUCUUUGUGAACACCUACAACAUUGUAGAGUUCCUUGAGCAUCUGGACCCUGACAAAUACCUUUUUGCUGGGGAUGUCAUCAGCAAAGCCCGGCCAAUCAGGAACACCAACACCAAGUAUUUCAUCCCAGAGUCAAUGUAUCCGGCAUCCUUCUAUCCACACUAUGCUGGUGGCGGCGGCUAUGUCAUGUCACGGCUGAUGGUGCAGCAGCUGCAGGUGGCGGUUGAGGACACUGAGUUGUUCCCAAUAGACGAUGUCUUUGUUGGGAUGUGCUUGGCCAAAAUGGGGAUCAUCCCAAUGCACCAUCCUGGCUUUAAGACCUUUGGAAUCCAGAGGCCCUUUAAUCCCUUUGAUCCCUGCCUGUACAAAGAACUGAUGAUUAUACACAAACAGAACCCAACGGAGCUGUGGGUCAUGUGGACGUUGCUGAAAGACGACAACCUCCGAUGUGCCACGUCAGUAACUCAGAAACUAUAGGAUAGAUUAGGAUGUGUCUGGUGCAGUAAAACUACCAGACUGAGACUUUGAUAGGAGCUGGCUUAAAUUGAUAUAAACAGAUAUCUUUCCUUUUUUUUUUUUAGAUUAUUUAUGGUAGAAUAAUUUUAUUGCACUGAUUUCCCACCCCCGAAAUUGUUUACAGAUGUCCUCAAAAGUUAGCAACCUGCCAUGCCCAGAGGCAGCUGCGGAGGAGGAGUGGGGGGGGGAGGGUUUGCUUUCAUGCUUUUCCUGGUAGCAUCUUCUCGCUGGUACUGGAGUAAAUGGCUGUGGCCAGGCUCUCCCUGCAUCCUAAAAUAAAGUCGUCUCUUGUUUCUGUUUCUUUGGUUACCUGCUGCACCAGCUUCACCUUGACUGGAAGUACUCAUCAGGAGUACAUUGGUUCAUAAAGAGAAAAAACUUCAACUUGAGAGAAAACAUUAAAAAAAUCGUAUUUUCUCUGUUGAAGCACUAUGGUCAAAGGUCAAGCAACCAGUGUAAUACUUUUGGCAGUCUUUGUAAAUGUCUCACUAGCGAAUAUGUGAAGUCUCAAAUAUUCUGGGGGAUUGUUGAUUGCAGGAUGUGGUCUGAGGGCACACAAAAUGGAGCUACGCAGGUUCAGUCUGUUCAGUGCCUGAUAAGGCUAUCAAAGACUACCAGCCAUAAUGACUAUGUUCUUCCACUACUGUCAGAGGAAACGUCCCUCUCAGCACCAGUUGCUGGUACUUACAGAUGAGGAGACUGCUAUGAUACCCAGGUUCUACUCAUGGGCUUCCCAGAAGAGCAGGAUGCUGACCACUGGCCUGGUCCAGCAGACUCUUUUAUAAGCAGAGAGCACCAGUGGAUACCCCGGGUUACAUGAUGGUGAAAGGCAGGGGUUUUUUUUUAACAGAAAAGGCACAACUAAUAACAUUCCCCAUCAGACCAACCCCAUGUCUCCUCUACACAGGUUUAAAAGGUAAAGGUACCCCUGCCCGUACGGGCCAGUCUUGACAGACUCUGGGGUUGUGCGCCCAUCUCAC